AUGGAUUCCGUUUUGCGAAGGGCUUCUCGUUACGCGAAGGGCUUCUCGUUUUGUGAAGAGCUUCUCGUUUCGCGAAGGGCUUCCCUUUAUGCAAUCAUAGAGUAUGUGCACACAAGAGACAUUAAAGCUGCAUAUAAACAAGCUGAUGGAACAAAGAUUGAUAACAGAAGAGUGCCUGUCGAUGUUGAACGAGGUAGAAUAGUUCCAAAUUGGAAACUUCGUCGACUUGGUGGGAGUCUAGGAACAACCAGGAUUGGAGAUGAAGAUAGGAAAGAAUGCAAUGAUGGUUGGAAAAUUCCUGUGAAAAAGGGAAGAGAUAGAGAGGGUGAUAGGGAGAAAUCUCGUGAGCGAUCUUAUGAGAAGCCAAAGGAUCGUGAUGAACCAGAGGAUGAAGUGGAGGGAUUGUAUGAACAUGAAUGUCGUCGACGACACCAUAGGCACUACGAAGAAGACUAUGAAAAAUCAGACAAUCAUAAUCAUGGGCGUGGUGGUGCGCGAUAUGAACAACUAGAACAAAUUGACGAGGACAAAGAAAAGAUUAGGUGA